AUGCGCGCAAGUGAGGUAGGAAGAGAUAUGCGCGCAAGUGAGGUAGGGAGAGAUAGGCGCGAAAGUGAUGUAGAAACAGUUAGGCGCGCAAGUGAGGUAGGGAGAGAUAGGCGCGCAAGUGAGGUAGGGAGAGAUAUGCGCGCAAGUGAGGUAGGAAGAGAUAUGCGCGCAAGUGAGGUAGGGAGAGAUAGGCGCGCAAGUGAGGUAGGGAGAAAUGGGCGCGCAAGUGAGGUAGGGAGAGAUAGGUGCACAAGUGAUGUAGAAACAGUUAGGCGCGCAAGUGAGGUAGGGAGAGAUAGGUGCGCAAGUGAGGUAGAGAGAGAUAGGUGCGCAAGUGAGGUAGAGAGAGAUAGAUGCGCAAGUGAGGUAGGGAGAGAUAGGCGCGCAAGUGUGGUAGGGAGAGAUAGACGCGCAAGUGAGGUAGGGAGAGAUUGGCGCGCAAGUGAGGUAGGGAGAGAUAGGCGCGCAAGUGAGGUAGGGGGAGAUAGGCGCACAAGUGAGGUAGAGAGAGAUAGGCGCGCAAGUGAGGUAGGGAGAGAUAGGCGCGCAAGUGAGGUAGGGAGAGAUAGGCGCGCAAGUGAGGUAGGGGAAGAUAGGCGCACAAGUGAGGUAGGGAGAGAUAGAUGCGCAAGUGAGGUAGGGGGAGAUAGAUGCGCAAGUGAGGUAGAGAGAGAUAGGCGCGCAAGUGAGGUAGGGAGAGAUAGAUUCACAAGUGAGGUAUGGAGAGAUUGGCGCGCAAGUGAGGUAGGGAGAGAUAGGCGUGCAAGUGAGGUAGGGAGAGAUAGAUGCGCAAGUGAGGUAGGGAGAGAUAUGUGCGCAAGUGAGGUAGAGAGAGAUAGAUGCGUAAGUGAGGUAGGGAGAGAUAGGCGCGCAAGUAAGGUAGGGAGAGAUAUGCGCGCAAGUGAGGUAGGGAGAGAUAGAUGCGCAAGUGAGGUAGGGAGAGAUAGGUGCGCAAGUGAGGUAGAGAGAGAUAGAUGCGCAAGUGAGGUAGGGAGAGAUAGGCGCGCAAGUGUGGUAGGGAGAGAUAGGCGCGCAAGUGAAGUAGGGAGAUAUAGGCGCGCAAGUGAGGUAGGGAGAGAUAGAUGCGCAAGUGAGGUAGGGAGAGAUAGGCGCGCAAGUAAGGUAGGGAGAGAUAUGCGCGCAAGUGAGGUAGGGAGAGAUAGAUGCGCAAGUGAGGUAGGGGGAGAUAGAUGCGCAAGUGAGGUAGGAAGAGAUAGAUGCGCAAGUGAGGUAGGGAGAGAUCGAUGCGCAAGUGAGGUAGAGAGAGAUAGAUGCGUAAGUGAGGUAGGGAGAGAUAGACGCGCAAGUGAGGUAGGAAGAGAUAGACGCGCAAGUGAGGUAGGAAGAGAUAGACGCGCAAGUGAAGUAGGGAGAGAUAGGCACGCAAGUAAGGAAGGGAGAGAUAGAUGCGCAAGUGAGGUAGGGAGAGAUCGAUGCGCAAGUGAGGUAGAGAGAGAUAGAUGCGCAAGUGAGGUAGAGAGAGAUAGAUGCGCAAGUGAGGUAGGGGGAGAUAGGUGCGCAAGUGAGGUAGGGAGAGAUAGAUGCGCAAGUGAGGUAGGAAGAGAUAGAUGCGCAAGUGAGGUAGGGUGA